AUGGGGAAUGAAAAGAUACGGUCAAAGAUAACUGGUGCAAAUAAGCCACGACCACGUGACAUUGAUUUGAAUCCUCAACCCUUCAUCCAAAGUCAUAGACGCCGAGUCGUUCCACAACCUGAGAUCCACAGGCUUCCACAGAUAGAGCGCACUCAAUCGUGGGAAUGGAAGGAGGCGCAAAGAGAAAGACCGUCGAGAGAAAGCCUUUACAGGGGUCUUCCCGAAGUUGUAACCCUUUCAACUUCCUAUUUUGGCAAAAAUGAUUCGAUUAAGCCUCGCAGAUCGUUGAAAUCUCCCCAACCAAUAGCGCUUCACAAAAAACCUUUUUAUCCAGCUGGUGUGGUGCAUUCACAAAUCGGAGAGGAGAAUAGGCCGCAGGUUGCUGUUGCCAGGUUGGCUUAUCGACUGCCUGAGACGAGACAGGUUAUGAGGGCUCGAACCCUCUCAGAGCCUUCUAGAACACCGAAUUUCCAUGUCGAUAACUCAAACCAGCACAUUUAUAGGCGAGGCUCUCUUCCCCCUAAGUGUCUUAACCUUCAACUCUGUACUUUUACAGGAAAUACCGUAGACGAUGACAAAAAGAAGGCUCCAAAGGAAUCCGAGGCCCUGAAAGCGGCCAAAGAGGUGACUAAGGUGAGUCAGAACGUCGCCGAUGCCGCCUCCGUGGCUGGGGGUUCUGGCGCACGCGCCUCCGACAUCCGCAACCGCUUUGAAAGGGGCGAGAAUUUUCAGGAGGCUGACAAAUCAAAGGAGGUACGUAAACGCAAGACAAAGCUGAAGUACGCCGGUGUGGGAAGCAUGAAGGAUAAGUUUAUGCAAGAGGCAGCACGUGCGGUGAAUGGAUCGCAGGAUGGACAACCACGCAAGUUGAAGGAAAUCACACCGCCCAGGGAGGGUGUCGCUGUGGGCGUGUUGGAGAGUCAACCGACAGCGAGACCGGAAGGUGUGGAGGGCGCAGACACCGGGGAGAGCACAGUGACGGACUACAUUGGCAUUGGAAAGAAGACAAAGGAUAUGCGAGAGAGAUUCAAACGGCUUGAGCAGACUGGCGGCGUGGUAGAGGAAGAAAAUGGGGAGAAAAAACCCGUAGAAUCCGAGGAGCUCCGUCAAGUUGCAACCGAGGCUACUCGCUCUGCAAAAGCGCGGUGGAAGGACAUUGAAUCGGGCAAAGUGGAGACAAAGAUAGAAAAGACAAAGAUCGAUCUGGGCAACAGCUCUCAAGGUGGAGUCUACGAGAAUGAGCCAGAUAGUCUGCUGGACAUUGCGCGGAGUGAAGAGAGGGAUGACGCAGCCCAUCUAGUUGUUACCACAAGUGCGGCUGAGAGGAAAAAUGCCUUCCUCAAGAAGGCCACUGAGGAGAGCAAAGUUAAGCGUCUCGAUCCUAAGGCCGAAUUGCAAGAACUGGCGAGUAGAGAGAGGAAUUCGAUCUACGAGAGCACACCAGCAGCCCGGCCAGAGGACGUAGUCACAGCAGACUCCGGUGUAGAUGACUACCUGAAUCUCUCAGGUGCGAAAUCCAUUCGGGAGAAGUUCCAGGACCCCAGUAAACUACAGCGUGAAGUGAAGAAAACAACGAUUGAGCUUCGAGGAGAAGGUGGAGUUUACGAGAAUGAGCCCCGGCAGCGCGAUGAUGUCAUUCGAAGUGGUGACGUGGAUGAUACACCUACUCCUGGAGAUGUGAAAUGGGCUUCCGCGGCUAAAGAACGCUUCAUGAAGGACGCUGAGGAGCGAGCAAAAGCGGUGAAGCGAAAUGAGAAAAUUGUCUUGGUGGAGGGCGCGGUGGGACCGACAGUGUUCGAGAGUCAACCCACCAAUUCUGCUGCAGACGCGAAGGCGGAUCAGGAUGAAGAUGAGCAGUUGGUGGGCGCAUUUGCCUCCAACGCCAAACAGCGCUUUCUCGAGAGGCAGAAGGAGGCCGAAGAGGCUGGCAAAAAGAAGGCCACUCCAGGCAUGAUCGACAUUUGGAGUGAAAUGCCAAAAGAAAGUGGCGUAUUUGAGAACGUGCCUGCUGCACGCAAGGAGGGUAUCAUUGUCUCCGGCAUGCACUCAGACGAUGAGGAGGAGGAUGAAGAGGAUGAAGAAGACUAA